UACCAUUCACGAUCGUGAGCCGAUAAAACUGAACUUUCUUCCUUCGGUCGUUAAACUCGAGAGAGUAAUUUUCAACGAACCCCAAAAAGAAACUAACUACAUACUUUUAUCGAUUCGACGUUGUACAGGAUCGAACGUUCAACGUCGUUCGACAUGAAAGCAACUUCAAAGCGAAAGGGAAAGGUAAUAUUAAAGCAAGUCCCACUGACCGUCUUUAAUAACGAUGACGUCAAAAUUGCGUUUAAAUAAUUUCCAUACCUUUGACAAACUCAUACCUAAAAUAUUAACAUCAAUAACUCGAGGAACCUUCGAAGUAUAGAAACGUAGAAAAGUUCAAAGUCGAAAAGCUGUGAUCGGAUUGCGUGUACCUAAUGAGCUUUCUCGUAAAUUAAUACUUUUCGAAAUUCCUAACUAAGAAAGGCGAGCGAGUUUGCGCGAGCUUACGCCUUUCUUUUACGUAAAACGCGAUCUCUCUUACUUCCGGUGUCCUUCGCAAGCUCGCGCGGUAACAGGACGGAUUAACCUGCGCACCUGCGAAGAAACUCAGAGCUAUCGCGAAAGCUCGUAAACGCGCCAGUUAGAAUCUAGAUUUCGUCCAGAAUACAUCUCGACGAGCUUUUUCUAUUUUACACUUAAGUAACCGAUCCUUCGUGAUCUUAGACGAAAAAAGAAAAUAGAAAAAAUGAAGAGAUCGAUCAUUUUAAUGAUAAAAAGGACGAUCGUUUCGGCUACAGCGUGAUCGAUCGCAAGAUAAAUAAGUGAGUAGCGAAUCUCUUUACCUUCGCGGGCUUUUCAUUUUGAAUCUGACGCAGGCGCAGCGUAGAAAUGCUCAAAGUAUCUUUCGUUUGACUUUUUAAUAUAUGUAACACGGAUAUCUUUCUGUGAUUAUUAUUGCUUUUAAUAAAACGUCGAUCGUUCGUGAUAUUAAUUUACAAAAAAAUCUCAGAUCAUUUUUAUUCUUUGCGUAUAGCGUGAAGCUAACGACCAUCUAUUUUUGGCACAUACUUUCUCAUUGAUUUUUCACGAUAAGAACUUACGUAUACGUCACAUCGAAAUGUUACAAGGUGUGAACUCUAAUUCCCUCUUAAAUACGCCAAUUAUUUCAGAGUUUCUUGCACGUCAUAACGUCCUCUUUUCAAUCCUAUGAGAUAUAUCAUGCUCCGGCAUGGCAGUAAAAUGCUUGGAAGGACCUUUCGUAUUCAGACUCAACGAGAACGGAGCAGGACCUCUUCUACUCGUACAGGUUUGCACGGAACGAGGAUGGAGGGAAUACGCGGGAGAAAAUAAUGUAUUCAAAGAUCGAUGGAAUUUAUGGUGGCGAUCCGGUGGUUUUCCUUUUACCCAAUUUAAACCAUUAUUUCCUUGGCAGUUCGUUAAUCGAAUACCAAAAGGAAAUUCGAUCUGUAGAAAGGACAAUCUCGUGCGUCAUUUAAAAUGCAUGAAAAAAGGCCACGGCUCGAUUUACGAUUUCAGUCCUGUAGGAUAUAAUUUGCCCUCGGAAUAUACGAAACUCGCGGAAGAUUGUAGUCGUUACGAGAAGGACGAUAGAGUUUGGAUUUGCAAACCGGUCAGCCAAAGCCAAGGAAGAGGAAUAUUUCUUUUUCGUAAAUUAAGCGAUCUCUCAUACAACAAUUCGGCCGUUGUACAAAGAUACAUAGAAAAUCCUCUUCUCAUCGGUGGCUACAAGUUUGACUUACGUCUUUACGUUUGCGUACCUUCUUAUCGUCCCUUGACGAUAUAUCUUUACAAGGAAGGUAUAGCUCGGUUUGCCACGGAGAAAUUUUCCUUGGAACGUUUAGACGAUCCCUUUCGUCAUUUAACGAACUUCUCCUUGAACAAACUAGGCCCAGGAUAUUCGGAGAAAAAAGAACGCAUUGGUGCUGGUUGCAAAUGGACUUUGAGACAACUCAGACGAUACUUCGAGCAGGCUGGAUACUUCGAUUGGUUUCUUUGGCAAAGAAUAGCCUGUCUCGUGAGUUUAACUAUUAUAAGUCAAGCAGCUGGUAUACCAAGCUCUUCUAAUUGUUUCGAAUUCUUUGGCUUUGACGUGUUAAUCGAUGAAAAUUUAAAACCAUGGUUAUUGGAGGUAAAUCUUAGUCCAGCUUUAAGCAAUGAAUGUGAGAUCGAUUCGGAAGUGAAAAAACCAUUAUUACAUGAUUUGUUCGAUUUGUUGGGCCUUCCAGUCUGUAAUACUGGACUAUCGUUGUUUAAAAUCUGGUCUUACGAUCGUGUAGUAAACGAAGAGAAUUCGUCUUCCAAACUUUGUGCGAAUCGUUCUACGAAGAAAAAAUCCAAAUUUAAUAGAAACGAUGGCACCAUCAUGAAUCUAUAUUCUGAAACACGUUCUGCCUAUAGGAAAUCGCCCUCAGAAAUGUGUCCGACUUCCUGGUCUCGUUAUAACCCUUUAUUGAUGGACAAAUGCAUUCGACAUGACUUCAAAGGCAAUAACAUCAGCAAUCAUUCAUCAGCUUCGGUAUGGGAUAACGGUAGAGAUUGGAACGUUCCUUGCGUUCGAGAAGGAGGAUGGGUUCGCAUUUGUCCAUUAACAAGAUUGAAACAUUCCAAAAAUGCUGAAUUUUCACAAACAGAUGCACCGCGUUCCAUUGAAAGAGAAAUCAAAGACACGAUUCUUUGUAUAAACAAGUACUUAAAAGCUGCCAAAGAUAUCCAUCGAGGAAACGAAAAACAAAGAGACGACCAAUAUAAUGCUCUUCUGCAAGCUUCGCUUAAUUUAAAUGCAGAAGUCUGGCUGCCAGAAAAGUAGAACAUAGAUAUUUGUCUUUAUAUUUGGUAAGAAAUAUAUAUUUUAUGUUGCAAAUGGACAACACAUUCGUUCAAAGUUAAAUGCAGUUAACUGCUUUUGCCGAUCGAAAUCUUCUCUUGCAUAUGUGUUCAUUAAACUUACGAAAUAUUAAGUAUACUUCAAUUUUGAAACUUCUAAUGUGUCUUUUAAAUUAAAAUCUUGAUCGAUCUUAUAAUCCUGUCAAUUAUAUCUUAACUAUUUUUACAUAGAUAUAUGUAUGCAGUCGUAUUGCGCAAUGGUGGAACACCAUAUUAAAUAAAUGUUCUACGUUUCACCAAAAAACUUUUAGUUUAUUUGGAUAUUUUUUAAAAAUGUACAUUAAUUCACUCCCUUUGCUGCUAACCUCUUGUCACGUUCUUCCGCGAUGGAAAGCUUGACACCCUUGUCUCUUGGUAAACUUAUAUAUGCCUUUAGACCUUUUCCAAUAAUGAAUACGUUAUUCAACCUAUGUAAAUCAUUCGUACUUAGAAAUUGUUCGUAUGAAAUAAGUAAAUGAUGAUAAAUUUAUACCCUUCGUUGGUAAUAUAAAAGAAAUUAAUUUUAUAAAACAUUAAUUUACAUUUGACAUACCUAGUGGCAAAAGUAUGUCCUUGAGAGUCCUUAAUAUGACAAAUAUCAAACGAACCAGGAUGACGUUCACGACUAACGACUGUUCCGACACGACCUAAAUUCCUUCCGCCGGUGAUCAUGCAUAAAUUUCCUACAAGUAAAAAAAUAUUUUUUCAAGAAUAUACUUUUCAAUAUUCAACAAAAAUUCUUCUUGUAACUUUAAUCUCAUAUUAAUAUAUUAAUGAUAAAUAUUUACCUGAAUCGAAACGAAUGGAGUCUAAUAUUUUUCCACUGGCAAUAUCCAAUUGAAUAGUAUCAUUAACCUUUAUUAAAGGAUCCGGAUAACGCAUUGUCCUUCCAUCGUGUGUAACUAGGAAUGGUAUUCCUUUUGGACCAGUUUGAACUCUCUUGACUUUACACAACUUGUACUAUAAAGAAAAACAACGUAUAACAUGAGAAUCAUUUUAAUUGAUAAAAAAGAAAUUUUAAAAUACCUUAGCUUCUUCUGCUGUAAUACGGUGAAUAGUGAAACGUCCUUUCACAUCAUAAAUUAAACGGAAGAAUUCACCGGUCUUUUCAAUGGUGAUAACAUCUAUAAUAAAUAACACGGUUAAUCAUUAAUUAAUUAAUAUUGUUGGUUUAUUAGAUGAAAAUUAAUUGAUACGUUUCUGUUAUAACUUCUGCAUUUAAUUAUAAAUAUAAAAUUUGUACUCCUUCUGGGUAAUACAGCAAGAAUAUUUAAUCUAAUUCAACCUGUGACCAAAAGUAAGGAGCUCAUAGAUUAUUUUUGGCCAAUUUUGACUGCAGCACUUCGUUAUAAAAAGUAUUGCAGCUUCGAUAAGGCCAUAAAAAAAAAAAAAGUAUAUGGUGUUUUACUUACCCAUAAAACCAGCAGGAUAAUUGGGAUCAGUGCGUACUUUGCCGUCAACUUUGAUAAGUCGUUGCAUUACAAUCUUUGUAACUUCGCAAUUAGUUAGAGCAUAUUUCAAUCUGUUACGUAAAAAUAUGACCAAGGGAAGCGAUUCCCUGAGUUUAUGUGGUCCAGUAGACGGACGAGGUGCAUAGACACCUCCCAAUUUGUCCAACAUCCAUGCUUUGGGAGCAUUGAGACGCUUCAAAUGUUUCUUAGGACCGCGAGCCUAAGAAAAAACACUUGGUUAUUAUUUAAUAACAAACAAAAAUAAACGUGUAAACGUUAGAGGUAUACAUAAAAAAUAAAUGUAAACCAUAAAUAAAAAGCAGAUCAGUAAUGAUAAACGAAAUUGUUAGGUUAUGUCCCGAUCUAAGCAUGUACUUUAUAUAAUAAUAAACACUGUUUAUAAACAUUAUUUUUAAAUGUAUAAUACCAAUCGUAUAUAUUUGUAAUCAAAGAUAAAUCAAAUAUAAAACUUAACAUAAUUGAAAAAUAAUAUUUUCAAUAAGCAGCACGUCUUAAAGUCACUUAUUUUUCAAAUUCUUUCAACACAAUUUAAUAUUACAUAUAUAUGCCAUUGAAAACUUUAAUUAAUACACGAUAUUUUCCACGUGAAAAUCUAUAGAUAUUUCACAGCAUACAUUCGAUGUGAACGGAUUUUGAAUUGACAACGUAAGGCAAACUUACCAUCUUGGUUUUCUAGACGAUAAAGGCAGAAGCAUGUAGUGUCUCUGAUUGUAUAAAGAAAUUGCAGGCGACGCUACUGCAGUUAAAAUGGCGCUCCAAUUUUUGCUGCAUAAUAUAUUUCCCCAAGACGUGUUUCCAAAGGAUAUUGACCAGAGGGAAAUCCUGCAGCUACUACUCAAAAAUUGAAUUAUUAAGUUAAUGCUCUCUAAAUACAAAAAUAUAAUAAAACAAAUUUACCAGAAGCUACAGAAAUGUUAUGCUUUACGUCGCUAUUCUGUAACACUUUUAUAGCAUCUUGUAUUCUUAAUGGAUAAACACAUACGGCUGCUGUAUGCAAUGGUUCAUCCCAAUUAAACUUCAGGUCAUCAAUAGGAUUUAAAGCCUAUGAAAAUCAAAAAUAAAUAAAAAAAACUAUCAUUGUUAUAUUUUCAUAACAUCAUAUAUUACAACUUACUUUUUUGCACAAUUUUUCAAUUGUAACAGCUGUAUCAUUGCCUCCCAAGGAAGUUAAAUCAACAAAAGUAACUGCUCUAAGUAAUGUAACAAUUUUAUCAGUUCCAUUUAUACAAUUUGCUUCAUGUUUUAUUUGUCUUACUUUUUCAUUUAUUUCUAAUUCGUCAAUAAAAACAUCUAAUAAAUCUACAUAGCAAAGAGAGAUAAUAAUAUAUUAAAUAAUAUAUUUCAAUUCCGAAAUGUUGUAAUUUUUAAUGAUAAACAAAAUAUCCAAUGUAUUUAAUUAUUUACCAGUGGAAAAUGCGUUAUUAAUUUUAUUUUCAGCAUCCCUUACUAUUUCCUCCUUCGAAUUUUCAGACAUUUUGAUAGUUACUUAAACUGAGACGUUUGUGUAAUUUCUGAAAUACUCUUUUAAUUUUAUCUGCUUUUAUUAUCAUAUAUUCUAAAUAAAAUACUGUUUCGAUGAUAUUUUAUACAUUUAUAAACACGUGAAAUAUUUUUGGAUCAUAUCAUCAGUAUUAUACAUAUAUAUAUACAUGUAUUUAUAUAUUAUCUACUGUUACUGAUGUUUAUACAAGCGGAUUUAAAAAGAAAAUAAUGAAUUAAUUUCAUAAUUCAUUAGAAAUAUAGAAUGUAUCGAAUGUUUUCGAUGAGGAUAGUACAUAUGAACGAAGUAAAAUAAACUAUAUCGAUUGGCAACAACGUACGAUCAUUUCCAUUCAUAUUAUAACUAUAUGGGUAUUCAUUAGUUUCUUUAAUAUUAAUACUUACAACACAUAUUGUAAUUGGACGAUACAAAGAGAACUGAUCAUUCAAAAAUUAACAUAACAAGAUAUAUAUUAAAAUUUUAUUCGCAUAAAUUUUUCUCGCCAAUUCGUUCGUUAUUAUCUUCAAUAUCCACAUCAAAUCAAGAUACAAUAUAACUUAGUAAUUUAAAAAUGUUAUAUAUAUAUAUAUACAUAUAUACAUAUGUACAAAUUAUUUAUCUUGUUUUACAAUUUAUAAAAUAUAUUUUUUUUAUAUUUAUGAUUUACUUAUUACCGCGUUUCAAGGAACCAAUAAGCAUUGUCUGUCUUGCGUAGUAAUACAUUACCAAUAAAGGAACUACUUUCAUUUCGACAAUCACUGACAAGGUCAUGAGAGAAGGCGGGUGGUUUGUCAAAAUAAGGUCAUUACGAUCAUCGACCCAGCCCUCGACCUAUAGUCAAUACCAGAAUCUAAUGUUUCAACGAAACAGCGGUCUUUUAAGAUUUUUAUAAAAGGUAUAAAAUUUCCUCUUUGUAAUCCAUUCUUGUACAAAUCAUCGGGCGAUCUAUUGCUCGUUGCAAUAACAAUCACACCGUUAUUGAACAAUUCAGUAAAUAAUCGUUUCAAUAUCAUUGCAUCUGCAAUAUCUGUCACCUGAAAUAUAUAGUAUGGCAUAAUAUAAAAAGCAAAGAUACGUUUUUAUUUAAAGAAAAAUAUUGUCAAAUUGAAACCUGAAAUUCAUCGAAACAUAAUAACCAAGCUUCUUCUGUAAUAGCAGCAGCUACCGGUGGUAUUGGAUCAAACGGUUGAAGUUUAGUACUAUUAGUAUUUCUCACUAUAGUUUUCUUAACCUCGUGAACUUUCUUGUGCACAUCAAGCAUGAAGGAAUGAAAAUGUACACGUUUCUUACUUUGAAUCUAAAGCAACAUAGUCAACGGUAGUAACAAUCAUAUUUGACAUUAAAACAAAGCUUAAUUUUAUUCUGUAUUGCAUAUGGAAAGCCAUUAUACCUUUACAUCGCUUCUAUGAUUGUCUUUAUAAUAUAUUCCAUUGACUGUACAAGCUAUAUUUCCUGUGCAGCAUGUCCUUUAUACUAUAGAAUUACACUGAAAAAAUAUCACACCUUGUCAUAGAACUCUUUAACAUAUUUUGGCUCCCCAUGUGCAUUACUUACUUAAAAUCUAACUUGAGAUACCUGACAACAAUUAUAAAAAAGAUCCAUUAACAUUGUUUUACCACCACCAACAGCACCAUAAAGAUACAACCCUUUUGGUGGAUCCUUUUUUUUCCAUCCAAACCAUUUUCCUAAUACAUUAAAUUGAUCUGGUUUAUAUUCAUGAACUUCUUCAUAUAUUUUCUGCAAACUUUUUACUACUUUUAAUUGACAUUCAUCAUUCAUUAAUUCUUUUUUAUAUAUUUUUUCUUUCAAAGCUCCAAUAGGACCAUUAGUAACGUUUAACUUUACAUCAUGAACAUAUCCACAAUACUGAAAGGAAAAAACAGGUUGUGAUCGUAGCAGUAAUUGUGAAAUGUAACUUAAACCAGAAUACUUUUUCACAAGAAGGCUAAUCAUUGUGGUCGUAAUUAUUCUGAAAGAAAAAAAUAGAUUAUAAAUUUCUGUAGGUAAAAGGAAACUUCUUCCAAGUAUUCUAUUCACUGUUUUUAUUGUCUUUUUGAAAUAAAAUAUAAUCAAUAUGGUUGUGCCUUAGUCAGCAUCAAAGAGAUAUGUCUCAUCAGGAAUUUGAAUUGCACAUGCUCAGUAAAAUAAUGAGUAAUGAAUGGAAUAUUACAUACAUUAGUAAGGAAAUAAAAAAAAGAAUUUUCCUUCUCCAAUUUAUUCAGUUCAAUGUACACAGAGAGAUACACGUAAUUAUAUGCUCGAAUGGAUAGAAAAUUUAUAUAACGUAUUUGUUCAUAUCGUUGCGCUUCAUAAAAGAAGUUGCUAACUGAACGCGAUCAAUAUGGAAACAUAAUACAGCUCGGACGUUACGCUUAUGGAAAGAUACAAAAAGAUCAUACCGAAAUUAAAAUUUUUUGAAUAAAAAUCUUGUACAAGGUAUAAGAAGAGGAAAAAAAUCUGUCUCUUGUCUAUACGCAGGUUUGAAAGUCAGGUGUACCUUCCUUAUACUCGUGCAAUUUCACUUCAACAGAACAACCUAUUGUCCAAGAAGGAUUGCUGAUUGGUUGUUGAUGACAUAUAAGAUGGGUCAAUGAUGUUUUACCAACACCUGUAUACAAAAUAAAUUUGUUAAAACAUAUUGUAGCAUUUAUAAAAUCACAAUAAGCAAUAGGAAAAUUGAUCUAUUUUAUUUUAUUAGAAAAGAUAUAUUAAUAAUAUUGUACUUUACAUAAGAAAAUGUAUUCUUUAAAAGUAUCUUUGCAUUUUUUACGAUUAUCAUAUUUUUUUAUUUUUACUAAAGAGAAUUUAUAAAAAUAAAAUUUUUAUAGAUUGUUCGAUUUACUUACCAGAAUCACCAACCACAAUAAUUUUAACUUUAUCUAUCGCUGCCAUUAAUAAUUUAUAAUAAUAAUAUUUAUUUUAGGUUAUUUAGUAAUUAAUACGUCACUAAUUUAACUUGACAGAUGGCAUUGAUGAUGCUAAGUACAUAUAACCUAAGAGCUAUAACGAUACAAACAAGCCUCACGCCAAGUGACGAGUAACAGUAGUUUGUUUUUGUAUGAUUAUAAUUAUGAUUCGUAACAUUUUUUUAUUACAUUUAUUCUCGUUUGUAGUAGAAAAUAAAUCAUUUUUUAUUUGAUUACAUUAUAAUAAUAGGUGUAUUAUACAAAAUAAUUAUUGAAUACAUAAAGAUUUUUUAGGUUAGUUUACUUGCAAUAUCAAAUAUUAAUUUGAUUUAGAAUGUAAUUUGAAAACGUUGAAUAAAAUUAAAUUACAUGUUCAA